AUGGCAACACAUCUCCCCGCGGGGCUUUCCCCCGACUCGGUCGACGUGCGCAGCGACACCGAACGCCGGCAGCUCAACCCAACAAUCAACAACAACACCAACCCUUCAUCAUCAACAACAACAAACCAACAACAACACCCACACCCCCUCUCGCACGCCCCCAACUCCAACACAGGCACAACCCCCAAACCCCACCACCCCGGCGGCACCAGCACCACCACCGGCCCCACCACCACCACCACCAGCAACCCCGACCCCGACGCACAACUUCUCUCCGUCAAGGAGCUCCCCUCGGCGACCGACGGGCUCAAGCACAAGCUGCAGCGGGCGCGGGCGGCGGUGCGCACGCUGGGGGACGUGCGGCGGGCGGUGGCGCAGCAGGAGGCGGAGAUGCGGGCGCUGGAGGGGCGGCGGGCGGCGCAGGCUAGGGCGCUGGCGCGGGCGCAGGCGGAUGGGUCUGGUUUUUGUGAGGGGGGGGGAGCGUGGGUGGUGGGGGGAAGGGGGGGGGGAGGGGGAAAAGGGAGGGGGAGGGUUGGUGGGGAAGGUGAUGGGAAGGACAUGCUGGUGUCACGAGGAGGGGAGAGGGAGACGGGGGAUGGGGGAUUGCGAGAUAAGAAGAUGGACGGGGGAGGUAAUGGACUCGUUGAUAUUACAUAA